UUGCAGGUGCUAGAACCCGGCAAUCGCUUCUUCUGUUGUCUUCCGGGUAAAGGUCAAUCCAUCGUGCUCUCCGCUGCUGCAAGCACAACUCGGCAAAGGAUUUUUGCUCGAGUAAACUGCGGCAAGACGAAUCAUGCAUGUGAAUUACUUUGUGAGUUCGAAUCAAAACGAGCCCGAAUCACGGCUCUCAGCCUUCGGGCUGCUUAUGGACCAUCUGCACCUUUUCACAGCCUGAUAUUCACAACAAAACAUGCAGCCAGUUGUGCCCUCACGCACAUAGAUUAUACGUCGAUUCCUUACCUAGGGCACCUGCCAACAGAUUUGAUCGGUCGUUCAAUCCUCGCGUUCGUAUACGCCCCGGACGUGCACAUCAUCCGACAGGCGCACAUCGACUUACAUAAUUCUCGAGGAAGAGUGGUGAGAAACGUGGCACCAUUACGAUUUGUUGCGCACAACGGUGCCCUAUUACGAACCGAUACUGAGUGGUCGGCUUAUGUGAAUCCAUGGACGAGAAAGAUUGACAUGGUUGUCGCUCGUCAUCGUAUUCUAGACGCACCAAUUGGAGACGCAAACGUCUUGGAUUCGCCAGCAAAAGACCAUUCACUGCACGUAUUACCACCAGCCAUGGCCAAGACAUUCGAAGACGAACUGCGGACUUUGAUGAACAAGGUAGGUCUAAUUUUCCUUAUUGCCUCAUUUUCCUUGUGUUUUCCAACUGAUCUCACUUUUUUUGGUAUACGGAGUGGACGACAAUCGUCACAUCUGGACCACCUUAAGGACAAAAUUGCGGCAGAGUCUGCUGGUUGGUUACAAGGGGUGCGCAGUAUGGCUAUUAAGGUGGCCACUGAACAGUGUCUACCAAAAAAGCUUUAUUUUCCAAAUGUGUUCUCAUAG